GGGCGACACACUCAGCCAUGCGCUCGUGCAGUUAGCCACAGAUGGGGCUUGUGCUGCACACACACACACUCGAGGAGCUGAUGUGAGGAGAACGCGCGCCACCGCAGCUCAUGCAGCCGCUGGUACUAUGGAAACUAAAGCUCUGUGCCAUGGACAUAAUGACGGCAGCGGUGCUGCAGGUUCCUCAAGAUGUGCGCCUUGUUGGCGUCCAGCGCUGUUCUGAUGCGGGGCGCGUGCUGGUGAUGCACUCGUGUGACAACACGCUUAACACAUGCGACAACACGCUUCCCAGCGCCACUGAAAGGGACGAGAGUGCAGUCUUCUCGCCGCGGCGACAUCAGCACGCCGUCAGCGUGCAGCAGAACAUCAGGUUCCAGGCUCUUGUUUGACGCCCUGCGGCUUGUCUGAUGAGGAUGUCUGAUACAGUGAGUGUGCAGGAGAGCGGUGAGACCAUGAGAGUUAUAAUUGAGAACAACACAACCGCAGCCGAUGAUGACAUCACCAUGCCACAGAGCUGCAGGCAAAACCAACACGAUGGAGAUGGAAACGGCAACGAUGACAAAAGUGACAUGCAGCGGCAAAAGCCCGGACAGAGCACUAAACGGCCAAAGUUAAAGUUAGUUCGGAGUCUGGCCAUAUGUGAAGAACCGUCUCCUUCCACUAUUACCACACAACUGCCUCAAGAUCAGCAGGAUGCAGUUCAGAUUAAAUUCUCCCAGAUGUUUGACACAGAGGAGACGCUUCUGACUAUGAACAAGGAUGAUGAGGAUCAAAGUGCCAUCAAGCUGGACAAACUGGAGAAGAUGCCGUGCAAGAUACUGUCAAGAGACUCCAGUCAAGAGUACACCGACUCCACCGGCAUUGACCUGCAUGAGUUCCUGGUGAACACACUGAAGAACAACCCCAGAGACCGAAUGAUGCUGCUGAAGCUGGAACAGGACAUCCUCGACUUCAUCAGUCGUGACGAGAUUCAGAGAAGGAAGUUUCCUCCAAUGACAUCGUAUCACAGAAUGCUUCUGCACAGAGUCGCUGCGUACUUCGGCUUGGAUCACAACAUCGACCAGACGGGGAAAUGUGUCGUCAUCAACAAAACCAGCAAUACUAGAAUACCAGAUCAGAAGUUCUCUGAACACAUCAAAGACGACAAAACAGACGAGUUUCAGAAGCGCUACAUCUUAAAAAGGGACAACUCCAGCACUGACAAAGACGACAGCAUUAUGCGAAUGAAGCUAAAAGAGGACAGGAGAAGCAGGUCAAUCGAGGAGCGAGAGGAGGAAUAUCAGAGAGCACGAGAGAGGAUCUUCGCUGAUGGUUUAGAUGCGUUCCAGCUUGAUACAGGGAUUCAGGAGGAUGAGGUGUGUAACAACAUUCAUCAGAGACGGCAGAUCUUCAGGUUGCAGGACAGUCGAUCAGGAAGCAGCCGUCAGAGCAGCUCGGAGAACGAGAGCAAGUGUUCAGAGCCGCGGCCAUGGAGCAGCACGGAUUCUGACAGCUCCAGCCGCAUCCUGAAGCCCGCCAUGACCAAAGCCAGCAGCUUCAGUGGGAUUCCGGUGCUGAUGCGAGGAGACAGUUCCAGCAGCUGUACGAGUGUGGGACGCCUCUCAAAGACGGGUUCGGACUGUAGUAGUGUCGGUUCCUCUACGGGUUCACUGUGUCGACCGCCCGUGCCGGUUCUAACCCCUCUGAGCUAUCCUGCUGUCAGCACUAGCAGCGGUGUUUCCUACGAGCCGCCAGUACCGGCGGCAAACGCUAGCUACUAUCUGCUUCCUCUGGAAGCGGCAGGGAUUCCUCCGGGCAGUGUCUUGCUCAACCCGCAUACAGGUCAGCCGUUUGUAAACCCUGACGGCAGUGCUGUAAUGUAUAACCCCGUGACCCCGCUGGGCUCGAGUACACAACCGUCUUUACCGCCGCCUCCACCUGCUCAUCACCAGACAGCCAAUCAGCACACAGCACAGCCGCAGGAUAAUCUAAGUGGUCCGUUCGGUCACAUGACUUUGGUGCGGCACCCCUCGGAGGACGUUCGUGAGGCUCACACUGUUGUUUACCCCUCACCUGCGAUGCUCCCUGCACCACUGCCACCGCAGCAGGCUGGGUACAUGGUGCCCUCGCCCGGACAGACCGUGCCCACCUCUGCAUUUCCUGCGCAGCCUACAGUCAACCAGCCCAUCAUGCAGCCGCAGCAGAGCUUCAUGCAGCCGCAGAUGGCAGUGUGUUAUUGUUCUCCUGGUCAGUACUCUGUGUGUGGGCAUCAGUAUCGGCCGGCAGGCAGAGUUCAGUACAGCAAUGCUCAGAGUCAAACGAUGCCCCCUCCACCACACGCACCGGCCCAGCAGACAGGAUAUCAAACGGUGAUGUCCAAUCAUCAGCAGAGUUAUCAGAACGUCCUCCAGCAGCCUGUGGUGAACAGUCCACACAGCGGUAUGAGUGUGAUGCUGCAGUACCCGUCUGUGCCCUCGUAUCAGGUUUCGAUGCCUCACGCGGUGCAGCAGCCUGUUAUCAGUCCUGCGCAGGUGCCUGCGUCCAGCAUACAGGUGUACUACAGUAUUAUACCACCCAACCAACACAACAACAUCAGCUCAUCGGUGGGGUUUUUACCCCCUCACGGGGCAGAACAGAUGCCGUUCCCCCGAAGGUCACCCCCCUGCGGCUCACAACAGUUUCCCGCUCCGCAUUGCUCGGGUGUGCCGCCACCUCCUGUUGGUGGUGUGGUGAUGAUGCAGCUGGCCUUACCUGCAGCGCAGCAGUGGAAACACAACAAACACUACAGCACAGAACACACACACACAAACACGACACAACUGAGCAACCCGUCCACCUCAACGGCCCGUUCAUCCACACUACCCCACCUGACCACUGUAAAGAACAGCCGCCCCUCCCACACACUUCCCAUCAUGCCUCAGUUCUCUGGAUCAUUGGUCUCUGGACAGGGUGACGUGCGGUAUCCUCUGUUGGGUCAGACGCUGCAGUACAGCACUCAUAUGCCACUGCACACACUGUCCAGUCAUCAGUCUCAUGUAGAGUUCUGUGCGAAUACGACACACCGGUCGAGGCAGAAGAACGCAGAGGACCGAUCUCAGUGUAGGUGAAACAGUGAUCGCGGGCAUUGGUCGUGUGGGUGCGUCGUCUCUGCUGUCCGAUGUGUGUGCGGUCGGAGCGUCAGUCAGGAGUCCCACGACCAGUGAGACAAAUAUCGCAACAUCAUCCUGCUUUCGUUCCCCUCCACACACGCAGCACAAAAUGGCCUCCUGACCCACAGCUGACCUCUGACCCCAUUCACAGUGACCCGCCCGCCGUCUCUGCUGUCCAGACACAUGGGGGCGCUCUUCACCCAGUCACAUGAUCUUGAACGCGUUUAAAGAGACAAAGGCAGCUCCGCUCUUAUUGGACAAUAGAUAUAUCAGCAGCAGCCGGAACUGUUUAUCUUCAUUGUUUUAGUUGUUGUUGUUGUUGUUUUAUUUGAAAUAUCUGCUGUUCGUUUGCCAUCAGCAAUUGAGAUUCAGUUUUGUUUACAUUUGUUUUCCGUCACUUCCUCUCCAGCCAUCGACUCACGGGUGUCAUGUGUAUGUAGUCGUAUGACCCGACAUGACAAACACGGACUCCUUUAUUGUAAAUAAUUUAUAAAGUAGCAGUAAAAUUCACUUGAUUUCUCUCUAUGAAUGGACACAUGUAAGAGCGACAACUUUAGUUUUUUGUUGAUUUCCCUUGUUUUUAAUUUAAGAUGCAGCGCACCUCAUCAGAUCCUCCCGGGACACAUUUUAAUCACUUUAAUGAUUGUGUAUUUGUCUCCACACGUCGUGUCAAUUCUUUGAUUUCUGAGUCUUUUAAUAUUCUAUUCUUACUAGGGGAAAUAAAAAGACAAAAGAAACACCGUUUGCACAUUUAUACAAUUCAGUAUUUAUAAAUAAUUAUUUUUCUUUUUUAAUUAUAUGUGUCUGAAAAACUGUUCAAUGUUUACUGGUGCGUUUCUGUUUCAGUUUGACAACCAAUAAAUGUUUACAUCAAAUCAUCUACUUUAUCAAACACAGUUCACAGUUUCAUGAAUAAUUUGAGGUUUUUGUUCAUAUAAAAGUGCCUGUUUGCUCUCUCUGCAUCUGUUAUUUAUCACUAGUAAUUAUUUUAUAUUUCUCAGCAUCGUAACACUUUAAGUUCGGAUGGGUCCACAAGAAAAAAAUUAUUAUCAAAAUAUUAAUACAGUCUUGAGCAACACUAAACAGGUUUCAUUUGGAAGUUUAGAAGCUCUACUUUAUAAUUAAUGUAGACAUUAUGACCAAAACUGAACAAGUGCUUUAAAAUCUGCAGAUAAAUCAGAAGUGUUCUGAUUUGAUCAUUUAUAUUAAAAAUAUUUGCUCUGUACAUAUUAUUGUAAUUAGUAAAAACAUCAAACUGAUGAAAUAUUCAUGUGUCAUAUGUUGUUGGAAAGAUCUUAAAGAGUAAAAUACAACCAGAAUAUUUGUUUUACUCACAGACAAAAAUAUAGCGAGUAACAGCUAAAUAUAUGUCUUUGACAGUUAUGUUAGUGUUGCUUAUAUGCCGCAUUUUCUCUUAUAACUUCACAAAACAUAAACAGAACAUAAAAUAUCACAUAUCAUUAUUUAGAGUUUGUGAUUAUCUUUCAAUCGAGUCCACACACAAGAUAAUCAGAUGUAUAGAUCAUUAGAUAAUCCACAUGAAGCACAAUGUUACAUAUGACCACCAGGAGAUGGCGCCAAAUACACGACACAGACUCAAUGAUGACUCAAAUGACACAGAAUGAAACUCAUUCUGUGAAAUCUCAUGACUAAAAUCAUGUCUGCAUGCUAUGCAAACCUUUAGUCAUUGUUGUGUUUGCAUGUGUAAUUAGUUCUUAUGUACAAUUAUUAUCUUUUAUUUGUUUGGAGAUGUUUUUGGACACUAUGAUCAAUUAUAUUUGUAAUGUUGGAACUUUUGAUUGCUUUGUCGUAUCAACACAAAUGUUUCUCAGAUACAGUCGACAUGAUUGAGAACAA